AUGGUAGGUUACAUUAGAUGUAACGUCUCGCCCGACAUACCGAAUCCUCUACGAUGCCGUAAAUGCCAGAGAUACGGCCAUCAUGAGGUCAGAUACAGGCGGAGAGAGGUUUGUGAACACUGCGAACGAGAGGGACAUAACGACGCUGAUAGUUGCGAUAUCGCCGGCAAACAAUGUGUCAAUUGCAAGGGCAACCAUGCAGCCUCCUCUCGAGACUGUCUUUCCUGGAAGAAGGAGAGGGAAGUUCUGCGGGUAAAGUAUACCCGCAACAGUUCCUUCCCUGACGCCAGGAAAGCGGUCGAGAGUAAUGACCCUGCUGCGUUGUCCUAUACAUCAAAAACAAAAUCAAAAACACAACGGCAUCAAAUAACAGUCAACGAUGCAAAAGUACAAGCUUACUUUGAUAAGCCAGCUUUGGGUGCGGCGGUACCACCUUUGAUAGACGAAAGGAAAGAUAGGAUUCUUUUCGGUUUGGCAUCCCGUUUCAAGUCAGGUAGGGUAGCGUCUAAGAGCACUUCGCCAUUACAAUGCUCCAUCAACCCCAAAUCAAAGGCACGGAACCAAAGGAAAACGACAUCAGAUGUCCUUGCUGCCCAAGUGUCUGCUGGAUGCAAAUUAUUGAGUAUUUACAACAUAGACAUGAAUGCAUUGCGGCACGUUCAGGAUGCAGUGCUUUUGAAAUUCGGACUGAAGAAGAGUGGGUUUCAACGCCUCCAAUCGACAGGAGAUUGCCAUUCUUACCAAACAACAAUUUCGUUUGCAGACAAGCUAGCCGGGCUUUGGGACACUGAGCUCUGUUCUUGGCAGCAUUGUCUUGCUGUAAAUAUGGGUGUUUUGAAGAAAAAUGAAGCGAAACAUGAUGAAAUGGUUGAUAUCUGCCAAUUCCUCAACAAAUAUGUACCCAGCAGUGCAGGUGCAAAUUCAGGCCCAGUCAAAAUUUUGAGUGGUGCUGACUACCUCACGUUUGAGAGGCACAAACAAGCCCAGAUGUCUCAUCGAGAUCAAGAUACCCCAUACAACAGACUUGAAGGUCUUGUGCCGAAAAUGGAAGAAUUUCACAACCAAGCAGAGCUUCUUGAAGUAAUGUGGCACAUGCUAUAUUCGCCAGCCUCCUCAAGAGAUAUAGGAACGCUAUAUGCAGCGCGGAACAUCACAGAUUCCAGAAAUGUAUCCGCUGAUCCAUCCGGAAACUUCUAUGCAUCAUCAGCUAUGGCAGAGAAGUUUACAGAUGCGUAUCUAGUAGCAGGGGCCCUGAAAUAUUUCGGAAUGAAUUCCAUAUCAACAGCACCGACAAAAAACAUAUAUGAAGGACCGAUGGGUGACACAUCAGAGAUGAACAAAUACUUGCUCCAUCAUGCCAAUUCAUUUCUUAAACACUAUUUGGACUUGGAAAUAUCUGGCAUUCCAGAUUACGGACCACAAUCAAAUGACUAUGUGUGCAGAUACUGUGGCAAAAAGUAUACACAAGGACAAGGACUGCGAAAACAUGAACACAAAAUACACGAUCACCCUGACCCCCGCUUUGAAACAAACUCAGAACCUACAACUUCAAUAUCAACACAAGAUGAAGACCAUAUUCUCAAUUACACAAAACGUGUCCUUCUUAUUGGGCUUCUGCAAAGAAACCAUAAUGAUGCUAUUUCCAUGGGUGAUUGUGCUCAUAUGAUGCUCGUUAACCAGUAUUUGUGUCUGCUGUACAAACUGUCUGGAUGUCCGAAGUAUGCCUUUGGAAUAUUGGAAACCAUAUGUCAAUCAAAGAUUUUAUUGUCUCCAAGAUUGGCACACCGACUAGUCUGGAACCGGACUGUUAACCACCGUCGAAAAAUUGACUCCAAUCUUCCAAAUGAUUUAGAUCUGGAGCACUGCAACAAAGUGUUUAAGGAUGAGGCACACAGUUUCCGCGGCGUGUUCACAGAUAAAACAAUAUCAAGAGUUAGCAGAAGUGCUUUGGCAACACAUUUUAUUGUCAAGAACUUUGACAAGGAGACGGAGACACACAGCCCCUCUGGUGUACACAAGAAAGCAGAUCUUGCACAAGAUGUCAAUGUUAUCGUCAUGCAGCUACUACAACAGAAUGUAUAUGAUAACAUUCAUGGAAGAAGACAUGAUGCAUUUCCAGAAAUUAAAUCCAAUCCCUUCAGUACACUUGACAUGGAUGCUGUAAGAGACUGGAUAAGCCAAUCUUUACGCAAGUUUUCUGCUAAACAUUUUUACCCAACACCAGACUGA